AUGAUCCUAAAAGCUCCACUACUUGACACACUGCUUCUCAAGGCUCCAUCCCUUGUCAAAGUUGAUCUCAAGGCGCGGCUCCUAGCCACACUGCUUCUCAAGGCUCCGCUGCUUGUCAAAGCUGCUCUCAAGGCUCCGCUGCUUGUCGCAAUCAACCUCAAGGCUCCGCUGCUUGCCAGAAUAGUUCUCAAGGCUGUACUGCUUGCGGUACCCAACCUCAAGGCGCGACACCUUCUCAAAGCCGCUUUCAAGGCACAACUCCUUGUCAAACCAUUAUUUUUUCUAAAAAAAAAUCUUCCUCCAAACAAAAAAAAACUAAAUUGA